AUGUGGCCUGCACUAACUCAUUUCAAACCUGCAGUAGACAAUAACCAAUUCUACAUCCGUUGGUUAUAUUUGCUUAGUAAUGAAUAUCGAGGUGCUUAUUUUAGUCAUAAAAAUAGUAAAUUUAGUGGCAUAAACAAGGUCCUUCCUAAAUUCCAAACGACUCCAGCUAAAUACUUGUCAUUAUUUCAUUUAACUUGUUUAUACCCCAAAUUAAAUUGUUUAUCUAAUAGUAUCACUGCUUUAAAUUGGAAGUCGAAUCUAUCCAAUUUUUUGAACACUAAACCAAGUAUCGUUAAAAGAAAUAUUCCCUUUAAUGUUAUAUGUAAGUUACAAUUGAAUAAGAUAGUUGCCCUUGGUUUUUAUAGUGGAUCAGUUAUUCAAAGGAUGCAUAUCUUCAACAUACCAUUAUUUUAUCAACAUAAAUCCUAUAGUAAAGUUAUCAUCAACCAAUUACUAGACUAUUUAUAUUCAUUAUAUCUCUCUCCUCAUAACAUGAAAUAUUUAAAGCCUCUGGAAUAUAAAAAUGAUUAUACACAUACUCCACAAUCAGAAUCAUUUAUUGAAUUUAUAAUACCCAAAAUUGGCAUGAUAUAUACAAACGAACAGAAUUUAAUUAUUUCAAAUGAAGACUUGCUUAUUCAUUUACAAUCAGCUAUGAAGUCAAUAAAUAAACUACACUUAAAUGUUAAAAAGAUAUUUAGAAGUUGUGGCUAUUUACCAAUUGAAUAUCGUCAACACAUAAGUGGGGAUAAUCAGCUGAGGAUAUAUUUUCCUAACAUGACACUUAGAGUCACUAGAAUUCUAGUUUCUGACUUGAAAAUAAAAGAAGGUACAAUAUAUGAAUGUUCCAAUAUUAAUAGAAUCUCUUUUAAAGUAAAUCAAAGACAGAAUUUUUAUCAAACCAAUAAUAAAAUCAAUAGUAGUUGUGAUAGUUAUAAUAAUGAAGAUGAUAUAUUGUCUUCUUCAUGUAAUGGAAGCUUUGAUUCCAUUGACAGCGAUAUAGUCCUCCUAAAUUCGUUAUCACCCAUCCUUUCCCAAGAAUCAGUAUAG